GUGCACGGGGCCAGAAAAGUAACGCGCUUGCGCGCUCGUUUUCGCGCGAAAGCUGUUUUGGGCGCCUUUGCUGACGGGCGGGGCUACUCUCGUAGUGUGUGGACGCGACCGGCAGGAGGCGCGCGGAGUCUGGCUGGCGGUGGCGACGGCUGCGCCAUUGGCGGGUAGGAAAUGCCGCCAGAUGGCGGUUUAGGAUUGCGGCUCUACUGAGGUGCGGCCCCCGGCACAGCCGCCUGUUCGUUCCGGCCCGGCUUGGCCCCGGCCCGCCUGGACCCUUCUCCCGUGGCACCGUAGGAUUCCCGGGGGCGCUGGCCCAUCUGAGGCUGGACUUUGAAGAUUGCUUGGAAAAUAGUUACAAGAACAUUGGCUGAUAAAGACACCACAACGAGAUACUCCUGUGUUUCUGUUAGCAGUCCUUUGUGUGCUAAACAAUGAUUACUUCAGAGUUACCAGUGUUACAGGAUUCUACAAAUGAAACUACUGCACAUUCAGAUGCUGGUAGUGAACUUGAAGAAACUGAACUGAAGGGGAAAAGAAAACGUGGUCGUCCUGGCAGACCUCCAUCUGCUAAUAAGAAGCCUCGAAAGACUCCGGGAGAGAAGUUUCGUUCAGAACCUGGAAUCAGAGGAACAGGUCGAGGAAGAGCUAAUGGUCACCCACAGCAGAAUGGAGAAGGAGAUCCUGUCACUUUGUUUGAGGUGGUGAAACUGGGCAAAAGUGCUAUGCAGUCUGUGGUGGAUGACUGGAUUGAAUCAUAUAAACAAGACAGGGAUUUAGCACUUCUGGAUUUAAUCAACUUUUUUAUCCAGUGUUCAGGAUGCCGAGGCACUGUACGAAUUGAAAUGUUUAGGAACAUGCAAAAUGCGGAAAUCAUCAGGAAAAUGACUGAAGAAUUUGAUGAGGAUAGUGGCGAUUACCCACUUACCAUGCCCGGGCCACAGUGGAAAAAAUUUCGAUCAAACUUUUGUGAAUUCAUAGGAGUUCUAAUACGACAGUGUCAGUACAGCAUAAUUUAUGAUGAAUAUAUGAUGGACACGGUGAUCUCACUUCUGACUGGAUUGUCAGAUUCACAGGUCCGGGCUUUCAGGCAUACCAGUACACUUGCUGCUAUGAAGCUUAUGACUGCUCUUGUGAAUGUUGCCUUAAACCUGAGUAUUCAUCAGGAUAAUACACAGAGGCAGUAUGAAGCUGAGAGGAACAAAAUGAUUGGUAAAAGAGCCAAUGAAAGACUGGAGCUGCUCCUUCAGAAACGGAAAGAGUUACAAGAAAAUCAAGAUGAAAUUGAAAACAUGAUGAAUUCUAUUUUCAAGGGUAUAUUUGUCCAUAGAUAUCGUGAUGCUAUAGCUGAGAUUAGAGCUGUUUGUAUUGAAGAAAUCGGAGUGUGGAUGAAAAUGUACAGUGAUGCCUUCCUGAAUGAUAGUUAUUUAAAGUAUGUUGGUUGGACACUUCAUGAUAGACAAGGUGAAGUGAGACUGAAGUGUCUAAAAGCUUUGCAGAGUUUGUACACCAACAGAGAGUUGUUCCCCAAGUUGGAGCUAUUUACAAAUAGAUUUAAGGAUCGCAUUGUAUCAAUGACACUUGAUAAGGAAUACGAUGUUGCUGUAGAAGCCAUUCGAUUAGUCACACUAAUACUUCAUGGAAGUGAAGAAGCUUUGUCGAAUGAAGACUGUGAGAAUGUUUAUCAUUUGGUAUAUUCUGCACAUCGACCUGUUGCAGUAGCAGCUGGGGAGUUCCUUCACAAAAAACUGUUUAGCCGACAUGACCCUCAAGCAGAAGAAGCACUAGCCAAGAGGAGAGGACGAAACAGCCCAAAUGGGAAUCUUAUUAGAAUGCUGGUUCUUUUCUUUCUUGAAAGUGAGUUGCAUGAACAUGCGGCUUACUUGGUGGACAGUUUGUGGGAAAGCUCUCAAGAACUGUUAAAAGACUGGGAAUGCAUGACAGAAUUGCUGCUGGAGGAACCUGUCCAAGGAGAAGAAGCAAUGUCUGAUCGGCAGGAAAGUGCACUUAUAGAGUUGAUGGUAUGUACAAUUCGGCAAGCAGCAGAAGCACAUCCUCCAGUAGGCAGAGGUACUGGGAAGAGAGUUUUAACUGCAAAAGAAAGGAAAACCCAGAUAGAUGACCGAAACAAGCUAACAGAACACUUCAUUAUUGCACUUCCCAUGCUACUGUCAAAGUAUUCUGCAGAUGCAGAGAAGGUGGCAAAUCUCCUUCAAAUUCCGCAGUAUUUUGACUUGGAACUCUACAGUACAGGAAGAAUGGAAAAGCAUUUAGAUGCCUUGUUGAAACAGAUUAAAUUUGUUGUAGAAAAACAUGUAGAAUCGGAUGUUCUUGAAGCCUGCAGCAAAACAUACAGCAUUCUCUGCAGUGAAGAAUAUACUAUUCAAAACAGAGUUGAUGUAGCUCAUAGCCAACUUAUUGAUGAAUUUGUGGACAGAUUCAACCAUUCUGUAGAGGAUCUAUUAAAUGAGGGAGAAGAAGCUGAUGAUGAUGACAUAUACAAUGUUCUUUCCACUUUAAAGAGGUUAACAUCUUUUCAUAAUGCUCAUGAUCUUACAAAAUGGGAUUUGUUUAGUAACUGCUACAGAUUACUGAGGACAGGAAUUGAACAUGGAGCUAUGCCAGAGCAGAUAGUAGUUCAGGCUCUUCAGUGUUCCCACUAUUCUAUUCUCUGGCAGCUGGUGAAGAUCACAGAAGGAUCACCUUCAAAAGAAGAUUUGUUAGUGCUGAGGAAAACUGUGAAAUCAUUCCUAGCUGUCUGCCAGCAGUGUCUGUCAAAUGUCAAUACUCCAGUCAAAGAACAGGCAUUCAUGCUCCUCUGUGAUCUCUUGAUGAUCUUUAGCCAUCAGCUGAUGAGUGGAGGGAGGGAGGGUCUCCAGCCUUUGGUGUUUAAUCCAGAUUCAGGCCUCCAGUCUGAACUCCUUAGCUUUGUGAUGGACCAUGUCUUCAUUGAUCAGGAUGAUGAGAAUCAGAGCAUGGAGGGAGAUGAAGAAGAUGAAGCUAAUAAAAUUGAAGCUCUGCACAAGAGAAGGAAUCUUUUGGCAGCCUUUAGCAAGCUUAUAAUUUAUGACAUUGUAGAUAUGCAUGCAGCAGCUGAUAUCUUCAAACAUUAUAUGAAGUACUACAAUGACUACGGAGAUAUAAUUAAGGAGACAUUGAGUAAAACAAGACAAAUUGAUAAAAUUCAGUGUGCAAAAACCCUCAUCCUCAGUUUGCAGCAGCUGUUUAAUGAGCUUGUUCAAGAGCAAGGUCCCAGCUUGGACAGAACAUCUGCACAUGUCAGCGGUAUUAAGGAGUUGGCCCGAAGGUUUGCUCUCACUUUUGGCCUUGAUCAAAUCAAGACAAGAGAAGCUGUGGCUACAUUGCACAAGGAUGGCAUAGAAUUUGCCUUUAAAUAUCAGAAUCAAAAAGGUCAAGAAUAUCCACCGCCUAACCUUGCUUUCUUGGAAGUGCUUAGUGAAUUUUCUUCUAAACUUCUGCGGCAGGACAAAAAGACAGUACAUACUUACUUGGAGAAGUUCCUAACAGAACAUAUGAUGGAAAGGAGGGAAGAUGUGUGGCUUCCAUUGAUUUCCUACAGAAACUCACUAGUUACAGGUGGUGAGGAUGAUAGGAUGUCUGUGAAUAGUGGAAGCAGCAGCAGCAAAGCUUCUUCUGUAAGAAAUAAGAAAGGCCGGCCUCCACUUCACAAGAAAAGGGUCGAGGAUGAGAAUCUUGAGGGCUCCUGGCUGAAUAGGAAUGACAGCAUUCAGACUCCAGGUGCUCUACAGACGCCACAGCUCACAUCAACAGUGCUAAGAGAGAAUACUCGACAAAUUGGGGAGCAAAUUCAAGAACAUGAGUCAGAACCUGGAGCUGAACAAGAUUUCUUACACAACCCUCAGAUGCAGAUAUCUUGGUUGGGCCAACAAAAACUAGAAGAUUUAAGUCGAAAGGACAGAACGGGAAUGAACUACAUGAAAGGAAGAAGUGGUGUAAGGCACGCAGUGCGGGGUCUAAUGGAGGAUGAUGCUGAACCUAUCUUUGAGGAUGUCAUGAUGUCUUCACGAGGUCAGUUAGAGGACAUGAAUGAAGAAUUUGAAGACACGAUGGUCAUUGAUCUGCCCCCUUCAAGAAACCGACGAGAACGAGCUGAAUUGAGGCCAGAUUUCUUUGACUCAGCGGCUAUCAUUGAGGAUGAUUCGGGAUUUGGAAUGCCAAUGUUCUGAAGUCUGGUGAAGACAUUAUUCAGAUGUGGAACUCUGUUCUUUAGAGCUCAAGGCCUAUAUACUGUGAUAGCUUAUAUGAAAAACCACAUUUUUGAUGUGAUUUGGUUUGAUUUUUAACCAAAUGAUUAAGGUCAUUUCCUUUUUGUAAUGAGAGAAGAGGAACUUCUUAAUGAAACAAGGAAUUUUGGCCAAUCAGUCACUUCAGAAAGGCUGACCUAUAAAUCAUUUGUUUCCCUGUCCUUGACAGUCUACUUAUACAGGUUUUUUUCCUGGAUGGGGAGGAGCUUUUAAAUUAAAACAGUUGCAAAAUAAAUGUUCUACACGUUUUCAGAAAACAUUGAAUGAAAACAAAACUUUUUAACUUUAUUUUUCUGCUGUACAACUUCAAAAUGUUUUAACAUUUGCCUUUUUAUGUUUUAGAAGCUAGCCAUUUUUAUUAAAUUUAUGCCUAUCUGCCAUUGUCUAGCAGUGAUGCGAUCAGCAGGCCAUCCUGGCUGGAGAAGUGUUGUUAAACACACUGGAUGUGACUAGCAGUAUCCUCUCUGACCACUGAGAGCAGAACACUCUUACAAAAGAGUUCAGAAGUCAGAUGUGUGCAUCUCUGCCAAAAAAAAAAAUCAGAAUCUGAAAAGAAAACCCCCCAGAUUUUAUACUUCUGAGAAGAUUUAUUUUUAUUUAUAAUAGGGCAUAAAAUAAGAGAUGUCCAUGAAGCCACUUUUCCAACAGACGCUGUGUAACGUUCAUUUUAUAUAGCACUAGGGGAACACACAAACAGCACAUUUUCUAUUGGUACUUGUUCUGUGCAUUUUUAGCAACUUAUACCAGCAAAUAAAAUAUUCUCAGUAAAAUAAACUGGUCGUUCUAAAGUAAUCUAUUUGCUAUUUCUACUACCUAUUUCAUGACCUAUCAGAUCUGAGGUACACAAGCAGCAGCUUUCCUAUGGAGCGUAAAUCAUGGGGGAGGUUGGGAUAGGGGUGGGGAACAAGAGUCACACUUGCAUUUUCAAAGCUAUUUUAAAUGUACCAUAGAGAAGUGUCUAACUUUCCAUGCCGUAAAUACCCUUUUGUGCUAUUUUUGUAAAUUAAUUUUGCCAGUUAGAUUUACUGUAUGUGCUGCAUAGAAACUUGUGCUUAGAUGGUGACGUUCUUAAGCUUACAAUGGAAUACAGCUACAUUCUCAGUGUUAACUGUGCAUUAAUAAGAGUAAUUAUUAAAUGAUUUUUCAAAAAAGCAGAACAAUCCAAAAAAAUCAGCUAAUUCAUUGAUCUAAGAGACUGUUUUCCCAAGGUGUUGAUCACAGUUCCUGUUGAUUAGAACAUCUGUAAAAAUGAGGCCAAACUAUUUUGGAAUUUGAAUGUUCUUGAAAGCAGAUCUAAAUUGGCCAAGUUAAAUCAAACACUUCAUAAGUGCUUUUUAUAACAGCUGCAAAAUAAUUUGUGACAUGCUCCCUUUUAAAAGGCAGAUUUAAUACAUACAAGGCACAUCCAGUGCUUACCUUUUGGGAGAAGAGGAACACAUGUCAAAUCACAUUACUUUCAUUUCACAUCGAGACUCUUUCCAUUUUUAAAAAAUUGUACAAGUCUCAACUUGUGGUUGCCAAAAACAGUUUGAUCUGAUAAUUCAGCCAUUCUUUCAAGGUAGCUGUUUACUAUAAAGUUGCUAAAGUCACUGGGUUAGUGCUUCAGAACAAAGUGCAAGUUCUCCCAAAAAAAGUGGACAGGAAUGGGUGGAGUAGCACUUCUGUUUUGUGGGCAGAGUGGCAUAACUGCUGCUGGUUUGAGGCCAUCACAAAAACUUUGUGCUCCACAUCCCUCCAUACAAAAAAAACUGAAUUUUAAGUGAUCAUUAUAUAGUUCUGUAAAACAAUACAAGUUACCUCCAGUGGGUUUCCAGUUCAGUUUGCAAUCAAUAGGUUUUUAAAAUGUGUCUCCUUGAUUGGUUUUGCUAGUAAUUCUGUAAAUUGUACAUUUACAAUAUGAGGUUUUUUUCCUUUUGUACAAUUUAAAACUGAUGCUUCACUUUUCCUUUAAUAAACUCCUCAAAAUCACA